CGCUCGUACCAGUUCUAUUUUUCAUUGCUCUAUGAAGGUUUAUAAUUCCUUUCGCACUCCAUGAAUAAGUAUAGCCGCCGGCCCGGUAGGAGCUUCUACUGACGCCCACAACUACCACGUGGUCUUGGAAAUCAGUCGUGCGUCCCUCCAAUUUCCCCGAGAAAUCUUCUACCAUCACAUGCGACGAAUCGGUAGAACUACUUGGAAUCACUAUAUAAACAUGGGUUCUUUUUCCAACUGGCUACGUCGCGCAUCCACCCCCAAUGUUUCUCUUCAGUGCCACAGCUCUCGCUUAUAUCCUCACAUGCCUCUUACUCGAGAGUCAUGCUUGGAGCACAUUUGUCGUCCCUCAUACUGAUGGACAAGAUGACACCCCUGGUCUCAUGGCAUCUCUGGCCAACUUCAUGUCAAACUCGACUAUUCUGUUCCAGAAGGGAGUGACCUAUAACAUCUUCACUCCGGUUGAGUUCUCCAAGUUGACUAACGUAGAGGUCGCUAUUGAAGGAAACAUUACCUAUCCUUCGGAUAUUGCCACUGUUCAAGGACAUUGGUUCUCAUUUUCAGGCGGAGACAACGUAACAUUGCGUGGUUCGACCGAUCCUGACUGGGGCUGGGUGGAUGCUCACGGCCAAGGAUGGUGGAAUACCAUGGAACAGACCAACCGUCCUCACGGCUGGUCCUUCAAGAAAGUCAACAAUGGUGUCAUUAGGGACAUGAAAAUCUGGAAGCCAAUCGCGUGGAACUUUGCAACUAGCGGGUCGACUAAUUUGCAUGCGUUCAAUAAUAUUAUCAUGGCAGUGUCUGAUAAUGCUUCGGCUUUCCCUUUCAAUACUACAGGAUUUUCUGCCGGUGGAACGAACAUGCUCUUUGAGAAUAAUCACAUCGUCAACGGAGAUGAUUGUAUCACUGUAGGCAGUGGCGCGAGCAAUAUACAUUUCCGGAAUUCAUAUUGCGAGGGUGGACACGGUCUCUCAAUCGGAUCUUUAGGAAAGAAUGGAGCCGUGUCUGAUGUCCAGGACGUUUUGAUUGAAAAUGUUACCAUGAAAGACACACUCUAUGCUGCACGCUUCAAAAGCUGGACAGGAGGGAACGGACUUGCACGCAAUAUUACAUGGAAGAACAUAGUGUUCGAUAACGUUCCAUUUCCCAUUUAUGUAACGCAAAAUUACUGGGAUCAGGAAGUCGGAGCACAACCAAACUCGACGGACGUUAACAGCACCCAUAUUGAAGACAUGACUUUUCAGAACUUCUCAGGAACAAUUAGAGAGGCUCCUUGCGUGAGCGAUCCGUGCUGGUAUUAUGUAGCCAAUGCAACAGGCAAGGAAGUAGUUAUCUUUGAUCUGUAUGCCGGUACUGCAACCAAUAUCACAGGCUCCAUCGUUGAUGUCAUGUGUGAUCCUACGACUGUGACGAAUGACGUCGGAUUCAAAUGCUGGGACGGAGCUUAUAUUCCUACUACUGCAGGCCUCUACCAUCCAAUAAAAUAUUCUGGAGAUAUAUAA